UGAUGUUAUCGCAAAAGAAGCUACGUUGUCGAGGUUCAGUUUUUACCAAGAUUCGCGCGACGUUAGUUCGGUUUUCGGAGUGUUCCGUCCGAUCGGAUUCGGACAGGCUCCCAGCGGCAAUUACCCUAGCUGUGACAACAAAGUAUACGCAACGUUUUUUGAAACUUUAAGUGAACCAUGUGCUUUUUAUAGACGCCGACGAAAGGUUUUGGUCUGAAAUCGGAUUUUUAGGGAAAAUUUCGAGGAAGUGCUCCAGUAGUGUUUUCCAUUGAGAGAAAGGAAGAAAAACAAACCUUUGUCUGCGCUUGAAAGGUUUUAAUGUGAGUAAAUACAUAGGGGAUGUAGAGGUGGAAAAUCAACAUUGCUACCUCCAACGCUAAGGGAGUAAAUAAGUGGAAAUCUGUGCCCCCGGAAGUGUGUCAGUGUAAGAAUCGUCUGGAAGAAGAAAGAGCCUAAUUAAAGAGCUCUUUGAAGAUUCCUUAAAAUAAACUGUUCAACCAACAUAAAAGCCGGCAACAAAAAAAAUCGAUCUUUGCAAUGUGGUGUACAACCCCUGACGUUGUUGCUUGAGACGGAACAGCUGAUGAUGAACCGAACUCAACCGGAUUCAGAUAGGAGGAAGUGGAUUGUGCAGUGCAAAUAUUGGGCUCACCACCCCCACAAAGUAGGGACGACGAUGAGGUUCCUGUUGGUCCUGCUACUGUCGGCAAGGAUGAGUUCAGUCCCGGUGGUUAAUGCCAACACCAAUACCAAUAAUGGCGGGAAUCUGGGCAACAAUGGCGGCAAACCGGGAACAGCACCUGCUACUAAUGUUGUCGUCGAGGAACCAGAAUUUACGGACGUUAUCGAGAACGUCACAGUGCCUGCUGGACGGAACGUCAAAUUGGCUUGUUCCGUCAAGAAUCUAGGAUCUUAUAAGGUGGCGUGGAUGCACUUUGAACAAUCCGCGAUCCUCACUGUACAUAACCACGUAAUUACCAGGAAUCCGCGGAUCAGCGUAACUCACGAUAAACACGACAAGCACAAAACUUGGUUCCUACACAUAUCGAAUGUUCAGGAAGAGGAUAAGGGCCGAUACAUGUGUCAAAUCAACACUGUGACAGCCAAAACCCAGUUUGGGUAUCUGCAUGUCGUGGUGCCACCGAACAUCGACGAUUCGCUCAGCUCCAGUGACGUCAUCGUUCGGGAAGGAUCCAAUGUAACGCUGAAGUGUCGAGCCACCGGAAGUCCAAUGCCAACCGUCAAGUGGAAACGGGACGACAAUUCCAAAAUAGCCAUUAAUAAGUCGUUAAGUGUGAUCGAGUGGGACGGCGAAACGGUCGAGAUAUCGAAAAUAUCCCGGCUGGACAUGGGAGCCUACCUUUGCAUUGCCUCGAAUGGCGUCCCUCCGACGGUGUCCAAGCGGAUUAAAGUCAGCGUCGAUUUUCCUCCGAUGCUGUGGAUUCCCCAUCAGCUGGUGGGUGUUCCCGUUUUCUUCAACGUCACCCUGGAAUGUUUCACCGAAGCCCACCCAACGUCACUGAACUACUGGACCCGAGAAGAUGGACACAUGAUUCACGAUUCCCGAAAGUAUAGGACGGAAUCGACCGUUGGGAUGCCGAUCUACAAGACGCACAUGAGGCUGCACAUUUUCAACAUCCAGCAGACCGAUUAUGGCACGUACAAGUGCGUUGCCAAGAAUCCUCGAGGAGAAACCGACGGAACAAUCCGGCUGUACACAUCCACACCGCCUACAACAUCUCCCGGUCCCCCGACGACGGCCGACAGCCAGCUGGUAGACUUUUGGCCCAACAACGGAGGUCGGAAUGACACCUGGUUCUCUGGGGGUUCGCAUCAUCACGGGGGCAACGGCCCAGGAGGAGGUGGACAAUUCCAUCUUAAUUCGUAUUCCGUGCACACGGCGGAUAAAAAUUCCAAAUUUUCGUCCAAUCUGAACGAGAUUGACAAGUCGGAACAAAAGUCAUUCGACUCAAAGGUCAUCUAUUGGUCAUCGAGUAGGAGCACAUUUGCGUUCUUCCGAGUGCAACUCAUUCUGUCCAGUAUCUUGAGCUCAACUCUUCUGCUAGCAUCGUUAGCCAGUUCCGGCAUCAGCAUCAGUUUAGGCAGCAGCAGCAUCAGCAAAAGCCGCCCUAAAGUUCUACACUAAUAGCCAUCCACUACAAAGUAAGUAAGUUAGCAAAAAGCAGAAUGGAAAACCAUCAUCCAAAGGUUUGCCAAACAAAUCGAACGCAUGGGUCCUAAGAGUAAACUCGUAGACAGAGGCGGUUUAAGAAAACCGGAAGAAAAAUACUUAGAGGAAAAAGUUGUUGUAGAAAGUAAACGAGCAAAACACGGAACAAACAGCGAUAGAACAUAAUAGUUUACAAGAGUCCAACCAUUUGUAUAGCUAGUUAAACGGUUCGUUAGGAAUGAAUUUAUCCAAUUGAAGAUCUGAGAGCGAGAGAGAUAGAGAGAGAGAGAGCGAUACUUGAGUUGAAUUGAAUAGUAAAGAGUAGGAAGGAGAAAAAGUAAAUUGCCAAAUGAAGUUAUGCUAAUUAGCGGAAGGCUGCGUUCUUGGCCAUUAUAACGACAAAACUGCAAAUCUUAUGUAAACGAUUCAACCGCGCAAAAACAAAUAAAAAAUACAUGGAACAAAUUAAACAGUGGAUCUGUAUAACCAAAACACACUCGUAUAACUGAAAGCAGGGUUUAUUAGCGAAAAUAAAAACAGUCACACAAACAUCCUAUAUACCAAACUAACAAAAUACAAAAAAAAAAUGAAACAGAUAAAACAAAUUGUAUUAAAAAAAAACUAUAUACAUAUAUGCUAAACCUAGUGAUAGAAGAAUAAUUUAUAGUAAAUGACUAGCAAUACAAACUUAACUAAGGAAAGCUGAGGUAAAAAGUUUCGUUUUUGAUAUCAAUCCAAGUAUGGCAAUUAGCGGGCUUAACACAGUACUAUGAAGUAAAAAAAAAAGCAGAACAACAAAUGGUUCCCCUUGAUUUUGAAAGGGUGCACACUAAUUUGGCACUGGAGCACCCAUUAUUAGUUCCAACUAAAUGCUUUAGGAAGCUAUUUUUCACCAGGUGAGCUUAGUUUGGAUUUUUUUGUGAGAGUUGAGUGCCAUAUUCCAAAAUAGGUCGAAUUCGUUGAUAGGAUUUUCCUCCUGAAUUAACUAGCAAGAAAUUUGACUGUGGUUAGUUUGGAACAAUUAAAUUGUUUAAUACAAGAAGUGCAACAGGAGAACUGCAUUCCACAUACAGGGACCGGCACGGAUAAAAAUUCACUCAUCGUUUGAAUGUUUAUAAAAUUUUUAUUUUUAUGAAGGGAUUAGUCACUGUUAUUUAAGUUUGUUACAUUUUUGAUUGCGUUUUCUGUUCUUCUGUUCAUAGGAAUAACGGCUAAUUUAAUGGAUUGUCCUCCUUUGGCACAAAUACAAUAUAUUUGACUUUUUAUCACUCCGCCACAGUUUUCACGAAAUGGCACGAUUCAAGAUUCUACCAAAAUAGAGUAUCAACUUUGUGAGACCUAUGGAAGUGCUAAACGGAAAAAAACGAUCGCAUUUGGAGGGAGUCUUCUUUGUAUACUUAUCCGUUGAUUGUGUUAAUCGUCAUUUAACAGUGACUGAUUUGCAACUUCCACAAAUCGUCAGCUAUCUCAAGUGCUAAACAUCAAUUUUUUUCAGCGAGACUUGUCAAUGAACAUUUUCCUGCUGGAAACUUUUCAGGUGCCCGCUCAAUAGUUCAUUUGGCUGUCCGGUAUGAUUUUUUUUUCUUUCCAAUUUUUUGCGCACGAUUUGACCACCGUUUUUUUUAUUUUACCGGUGGACAGUUUUUUUUUACAUUAUAUAAAUGAAGGUAGGUUUCUUUAGUAUUUAGCAAGAUAAACCAGACAGAUUUUUUUUCAUUUCCCCAAUCGAAAUAUUCGGAUAGCGCUUGAAAAUUUCUUUGUUGUUCAAAUUUAAGCUCACUUUUAGAUACUCUAGGACUCCUUGAAUAAUUUACCACAUAAAAUUUGGUUGAAUAAUAGAUAAUCCGCUGUUUUUGGGUCUACAACUGGGAUUUUGCAAGUUUUAUUUAUUUUUCUCGACCCUGCCCGAAAAACUUGAUCAAAGAGCUUCUGUAUUGGACGCUAUCUUACCUGGCGUUUAUUUAUUUAUUUAUUUUUUAUUUAUUAAUUUCUAUUCAAGGGAAAACAAACUGUGGUCCAUAUUAUGACUUAAAAUAAAUAUAAAAAGACAAAAAGUCUAAUUACAGGGUUCUCAAUACACCUAAAACUUUACUUCGAAAAACAUCUCUUGAAACGUCAAAGUCGAAGUGCUCAAAAAACGGUUGAAUGUUUUCAUAACACCGAUGAUAGCGCUAUUAGUUCCAUAGAUGUUAAAUCGAAUGGGAACAUACAUUCGAAGAUCUUGGUUUCCAAAUCCACGGGGUCGCACGCUUAGAGGAAUGGCUUCCAGGAGCGUGGGGCAGUCAAUUCGCUAUGUCAAAAGAUCGUCGACGAAAGAAGCUCGUGCUGCGUUUCUGCGGGCUUGAAGAGUGUCUAUAUCUAUGAGACGGGUAUCGAUAUUCAUAGCUUGGCAAGUAAAACUGGUCUUGCCAAAGCAGGUUUCUAAGGACGAAUCGCAAGACAUCUCUCCUGUAACCUUUUUAUACACCGAAAACAUGUUAGUCUCCUUCCACAGUGAGGGGAAGGUAGCUCUGACAAACGAAACUUGGAAAAUAAGCCUAACAGAAUUCAGGCAUGAAAUGUUUAAUAGAAGUAGCAGGAAUUCCAUCCGAACCCGUAGAGAAAGAAUAAUUGAGCUUAGCUGCUGCUUUAGAGAUGACUGCAUCCUCAACUACAAUGUUGUUUAUAGAGAAACCCAGCGGCGCAAUGUUUCUGAUAGCACUAUCCAAAUGUUCAGGGGAUGUCGAAGCUGAAUUAGAGAUGGACGAGAAUUGUUGGACAAAGAGAUUACAGACUCCACGAUUCACGAUCCACAAUUUACAAUCAGAGUUCGCCGUAUUGUAAUCCAGAAACAUUUGGGUUGGCAGAUCAGGUUCAUUCCGCUGACUUUUAACAUGUUUCCACAACAUUAUGGUCUGGACUCACGUUGAACUCAAUUAAAAAAUGGCACAUUUCUUUGCCGUCUUCAGUCGUCGUAGUUCAAAUGUGAUCCAAGGAGUCCGUAUAUUCUCUUCAGUAAUGUGUUUUGGUGUGUUCAUUCAAGAUGUGCGAGAAGGUUUUGGAGGCAGCGUUGGGAUCAGAUAGGUCGAGCCCAGAUUCCCUGUCGAUGGUAACCAGGGUAAGGGAAAUCUCGUCAAAAUCGGCGUUCUUGAGGUCAAGAUAGAAGGGUGGUAAUUUUGCGACAGGAGCCAGUCUAGGGACAUCGAGCGAGACCAAUAAAACAGGAUGAUGGUGCACUGCUUUAUCGUACGGAGCAGGAGACAAAACAAAGGACAGUACACGAGUCCCAUCGCUGGUAAAGCAAAGAUCCAACAUAAGACCGUUUUUGUUUGCCACGCUGUUAAUCUGCCGUAAAGUACUCUGUACGCUGUAUUCAGAGAGUCUAGUAUGACGUUCAAUAGGGUCGAAAAAGUUAAGCAUACUGGAUCCGGGUAGAGAAAGAUACCAUGGUUUGUGACGACGGCGAACUGAGUCACUCGUUACCUCAGGGUAGGCUUCAUUUGCUGGGUGGACAAACGACCUGAGGGGAAGGGGCAAGCAAACUGAUGGAACUAGAACCCAAAAUGUAAAAGGGGGUUUCGGACGUGUUACUGACAAAGUGACAAAUACAUUUUUAACAAUUUAUUCUUGGUUUCAUUUUAGAGGAAAGGGUUCAGGGAUAAGGGAACGUUGAGGCCUAUUUACAAAUAUGUUACUUGCCGGCGUAUGAUGACGGCAUUCCGAGCGAUGUCGAUGGCCGUGCGCGUUGACGAGAUGGUUGAUGGGUCGUGUGGUUCUCCCGGGGAAUGCCCAGUCCAUGGACGCACGUGGUGAUACCUGCGCCACGGAGGGUACUUUCCGAGGCCGAACUACCAGCGCGCCCUUCUUUCUCGACCGGUAAUGCACUGCCGGAUCUAUCGGGAUCGCAGGGUAGUUCCUCCUCUCGAUGACUCGAUUGAAGGCGCACCAAAUUUACACUACGGUGCGCAGGGCUGGAAUUAGAGUCAGGGAGAUAGCCCGGACCCUCGGAUCAACGACUCUGGUGGACGACUCUGGAGAUCUUGGUGUGGUCGUGUGGUCCUCGGAGCUUGGACCGGAUGGGGCCGGUAGAUGGCUGGGCCCGUUGGUUGUCUUUCAGAAGAGUCUUUGGAGACCGGACUGGUCUAAGGAAGUAGAUUCGAUCGGUGACAGGCAGCUGACACGACUGGUGCCUUCUCCGAACCACGUGGUUCUUUUUCUGAACAGGUUUGCUGGCGGACGGAAUUGGACGUCAGCACCGAUCAGCGACCACACUUUGAAUGAAUCGUUUUGUUUUCGGCGCCUCUUGCUCGCUCCGGAACUGCCAUCGAAAAAGGGUUGCCAGCAAGGAUGGUCUGAAUCCACUCGUUCACUCAAUCGCGAUGCACUCUUCAACGAUUCACUCAAGCGCUCUUUCGGAUCUCGCGAAUCUUUGUCUGAACCGAACGCUGGGGGAAAAAGAAUAACGUUGAUCGAAUCUGAUUGUGAGUGCUGCUAGUUUUGAACGUUGGGCGCUUGCAUACGGGCAAGUUUGAAUCAUGCAAUGAUGCAAUCAUCGACUUUCCUGGCUCCAGAUAUUCGUUCGCUGAUCCGAUUCAACUGGUUCAACUGAAAGAAGGAAUCGAAUCGGCAAAUGAUUGACCCGCCGUUCGUUCAGAUAUCUUUCAAUCGCCGCACACAGUAUUAAACAAAAAAAUCAUUGCGACCAAACGGUACACGGUAGACAUUUGAAUUCUUCGCAACAUGUUCAUAUUUUUUUAUGAUCUUUCUUAUUUUCAAAGAAAAAACUGAUUUUAUUGCCAAGGGAUAUGAAAAAUAAGUUAAAACUUUGAUGUACCGUAAACUUUGAUCAGCGGGGUAACUUUGAUUAACAUGAAAUUUUUGCAGAUAAUCAUCAUUAACUUAGUAAAAAGAUAAAAUAUCUGCAAACUGUUUACUACGUUUGAAAGCCUAUGAGUUGAGCUACAAAUAUGCUAAAUUUGGUUUUUAUUAGAAGAUUUUUUAUAUUACUGAAACUAUAAUUUCAAAAUCUCAAAAUAUCUCGUUUUUUGAAGGCUCACAAACAAACAUCUCUUCUGAUCAAAUUUUAGCAUUUAGGAGCAGAUGGGUUGGUUAAUGCAAAAGUUCAACUUUUUUCUUGUUGUAAGUUUAGUAUAAGUGUUAUUUUUAUGGUCAUUUGAUGAUAGUUUUUGAAUAUUAAAAAAAUCGGUCAUUUUCCAUGAAAAAGCCGGAGAAGAAAAAAUGGCUAAAAUCCUAUCAAAUGGUUAAGUUUGAAGAAAAAAAUGAACAUGGGAACAGAGCGAGGAUUUAGGGAAUUGCAUGAAGAUAAAAUUUCGUUUGUUUUUAAGAUAAAAAAAUAUUGAGAAUUGUUUAUAUUUUUGCCCCUAAACGUAUGCAGCAACAUUGUCCAUCUUUUGAGUAUAUUUGUUUCGAGAUAAAAUUUGAAAGCAUGUUAAAAUACAUUAAUCAAAUUUGGGAACUUUUUUGGCAGUAAUAGAGAACACUAUCAAUUUUUUUUUUUGAAAAUUAAGGUUUUAAGUCAAUAAUCAACUUUCCCAAAGACCGCUAGAAAUUUUGACUUUUGAGAGAAAAGUUAUUGAAGUUUUCCUGUAGAAAAUUUUGUCCAAAUUUGAAAAAAAGGGGUAUUGAAAGUUGUUGAAUGAGCUCAAAUAUUCAUCGUCAAAUAUUUAAUGACUUCCAUGAGUGAUGUGAGGAAUAGUUGCAAUCAAAUCUUUUGGGUCUUUUGCAUAAUUCAAUUUUUAUUUUAAGUGAUGUAUCUCUGAAACUAGAAAAUUCAAUGAGAUAUUAUUAAUUGAUUCAAAAAAAUCUUUCCUUGUGUUUCCAUGUACGCUUGUUUGUUUAUCAGUUAUCAAAAAUCAAUUUUACCUAAAACUGACCAAUUUUAAAAUUUACACACGCCAUUUCACCAAAACUAGAGGUGAGAGACUAAAUUUGACAAAUGUUUUGAAUUUUAAGACGCAAAUUUUUUCCAAAAUCCGUUUUUGAAACAAAGGUACCAAAAAUGCUGUUUCCCUGUGUUAUUUAUUAAUAUAAAAAUGAAGAUUAGUUUGGAUUAAAAUUUGUUCAAAUUUGAAACUAAUCAUGAGUUUUAUUUCAUCACAAAAGGCUAAAUUUUGAUGAAAAAAUAACAACACUAUGAACAAAAAUUAGCAAAUGUUGUAAAUAUAUGAAUAAUAAAUGUAUGAUGAAAACAUUAUAAACUUAUGAUUAAACUAUUAAACCAUCGCAAAGUUUAGACAAAAAAUUUACAAAAAACAAAACAAAAAUAUUGAAAAUUCUAUUAAAACUGCGCCACAGAAAACCAUCACAGAAGUUUUGGUUCAAAUCACAGAAUUCGAGAAAUUUUUUUAUCAAAAACAUAGUUAUUUUUUGGAAACCUUGGGAUUGAAUAAACAAUAGUUUUUGUCUCUUAAAUCAUUCUAGAUGAAGCUUUGAACUUGCUUGAAGAAUUGAAACAUUUUUUUAUAAUUUUUCAUGGAUUUUUCAAUACAUGUUAACAAAAACAGUCGAAAAACGGAAGAAUACACAAAAAAAAGUUAUGAAGUAUUUAAAGUUAAUAAUUGAAGAUAUUAUUUUAAUAAUAAGAUGAACAAGUUUUAUAAUCUCUUUUCACCGAUAAUGAAAAUGGAUACAUUUCUUUUUUCAUUACAUUUAUACCCAUCAUCUCUUAAGUUGAUGUAUACACAUUUCUUAAAAUCGAAAAUGGGUAAUAUUUUGCUUUAAAAACGGUUUUUGAUAAAAGUAGUUUCUGAAUUAUCAAUUUCAUAAUUCAAACAACAAAUCAAAUGUAUUAAUGAUACUACUCAUCAUAAAAAAGGAUCCACCUAAUGCUGACGCUCGAGCUACUUUCAUAAGCGCCCGAACGCAGGCAACCAAACUGUAGCAAAACCAAAUUUGCGAGCAGAACGAAUGAUCGGAUGCGGUCGAAAGAAUUGCAAUCAUCAAUCGCUCGCUGAUGAUAUUCGUCUGCGAUUCUUCUGUGCAGAAUCAUCUUCCAAAGCAAUCGCUUGAUGAUUGGAUUAUAGCAUCGCAGACAGGCAACCCAAUCGCCUCCUGAAUGAACUAAAGAGGUUGGCUGGAAAGUCCGAUUGGUUCGCUCACUGAGUGCCAUCGUGUGUAAUUUUUUCGAAUGCGUUCGGGGAAUGGGUUACCUCAAAGAGUGAGAGAAUCAUUUUAUGUUCGUCGAUUUAUUCGCCAAUCACCAUCCUUGGUUGCCAGUAUUCCGGUCGAAAUAUGAUGUUGUCGAUGAGAGUUCUGAUAGAUGAGGGAUGGGAGACAUUGGUUAGGACAAAGUAAAUUUACUACAUAAGUAAAGUUACUAAUUUCUCUAACCGUUAUACAAUGCAAUAAUCCGAGGCCCCUGUACAUGAAGGUUCGUAUUACAUUGUUCCUACGGUUAGUCCGUAACACUUCCACCCGGGCAAAUUGAAGUCACCAAUUACGAGAAUGUCAUCUUUGGGUGCACAGAGAGAGCUAACUUUAGAUAAGCAGCGCGUAAAUGAUUCAGCUAGAGUAAAAUUUUCGUAGGUGAUGGAAAGAAUUAGAGAAACAUGAGGUAUCAAAGAACGAAAGAACAUUAGUCGUAUAUAUCAUGAAUUUUUCGAAAAAGAUACAACGGCUUACCGGCAGAACUUGAAUCUGCAAUCUCCGCUUCAGUACAACGGCGCAAUCGACCAUGUGCUCACUCGGCUAAAAUCCCGAGUCGAUGGGUGGUGUUAGAGAAACAAGAGAGAUCAAUAGUGGGAAAGAUUACAUGCGGGAUAUACAUGGUGUUUCGAUAGAAGGUCGGCAGAGCUCGAUUGCUCGUGUUGGCCGAUUUCAUCACGUUCACGAAGCGGAGAUUGCAGGCUCAAGUUCUGCCGGCGAGCCGUUGUAUCUUUUUCGAAAAAUUCAUGAUAUUUACGGCUUACGUUCUUUCGUUCUUUGAUACAUCAUGUUUCUCUAAUUCUUUCCAUCACCUACAAAAAUGUGAUUAUUUUCAGGUACAAAGAUAUACCAAGCGAUUUCAUAACAUCAGUAUUGAGCUAGAGUAACAUUUUUCGUGCGGUCGGCAGGCAGAUAUAGUACGCAGGCAUAAAGUUUACGAUCACCAAGAUCAAUGCGGAUAAAUACAAGUUCCAGAUCGCUCCAGGAACUGUCUCCGAUGAUCAACGCUGGAAGAUCCGACUUAACGGCAAUUAACACUCCGCCACCGGUGCGCGGUCUUUUCGCUAUUACGUGAACUACGAUCGCAACGAAACACUUAAUAGUCACGGUCAAAUAUCUCGCUCAAAAAAGUGCGGUCGUUCAGCCAUGUUCCCGUGAAGGCAAAAACGUCGUAACAGCAACAUGAGCUUGUGAGCAGAUAGUCUGCUAGACACGAGUUCAUACCUCCAACGUUUUGGUAGUACAAGGUUAUGCAGUCAAAAAUUUCCGAGGCAGAGCUAGAUCCCCGAACACUGGAAAAGAGAGUACCAUCAGAUAGAGAAAACCGGUCAGGAGUGUCUUGCUAGACUGAAUUCACAGGAAAACGGAGCGACUGAGUUGAAGGGCAAAGGGGUCUCCGUUAGACCUGAUACGUUGCGUCCCGGUGCUGAAGGCUUUGUGCAAGUUGCUACAUUUUUGUGGUCCAGAAAAUAGCAUGCCGGAGAACUAGUGACCGUAACACGUUGAUAGGCUCGCAGUGCGCUGGAAAGGGAGAGUCCAUCACGAGAAGGAAGGUCAACAAACAGCGCGACUGAGUCGAUGAGUUCAGAGGUCUCCGAAGCAGGCUUGUAAAUGGUCACCAUCGUUUGACCUUUUUCUUAGACAUCCACAACACAUCGUUCUUGACAAUCAUGAAGAGCACAAUCUUUUGAUCGGAGAGCAAAAAAAAUGUCAAAUGAAGUUUUGAUUUUUGUAGUGGUUAGUCGUUUGACUUACAUUCCUUAUGCAUAAAUAAUCAUUCCACAUUGUUCGACCAACACAUCCAAACAUCACCCGGUGCUGCAGAGCCGCAGAUUUUUUUUUUCCACAGGAAAGAGUGAAUAGAAAAGAUUGUAUUUGCUUAUUGAACCUGUAGGUUCUGCUGCGUGAAAGAGAAAGGAGACGACGUAAACUGUCGGGAAUACUGGUAGUUUGACCAUCAAAUUACCGCUCUCGUGUACCAGGACGUGAAAUUUCGUUCGACAAUCACACAAAGAAGAAUGCACGUCGUUUCAUCUGAUGGUAGUCGACUGUUCCGCAAGUGUUUGGUCGCAUUCGUUUGAUGUCACGAACAUUGAAACUGAUAAAAGCAGGCUGUGCGACUUUCAGAGAAAAUGUCGAUAGUUUACAAGUUUGCUCCGAAGUGUCAUUUGUCGUGACCUAAGCCGUGUUGGUGAUUGAGUAGUGUAGUUCACUAUUGGAUUUAAACGAUGGAUGCCCUUCGAAGGAAGAAAAGGAGCACGAGCGCUGUUCCGGAGGAUGAAGUCAGCUUAGGUCACAACACCUUGGUCGGUGCGUCCCGAUGAAGAAGCCCGUGAAGAAGCUUUUGUACAAUCGUACUUGUAGGCAGGCAGUAGGUGAUUCAGGUCAGGGCCGGGACGACUGAUGACGCUGGCUGGAAUCAGUGCGACUGACUCGAAGUGAUAACAGGUCUCCAAAAUUCCCAAUUCGUUGCCUCUCGGUUGAACAAACAUUGUCAAAGCGAGGAAGAGCAGUUGUAGGGUCGUCGUCAUGUCGAAGCGGGGUUGGGUGAUGCAUCGCUAACAGAAGCUGGGGUUAGAACCCUGGAGUACCAAUUCUCAAAGUAGAAGAUAAUCUACUGGGUACAGCUGGCGAUAUAACUUGGCUUGUGGGAGCCUUUUGGAGAUGGCGGAUGUAGAAAGAUUGCCUGAACAAGUUUUUUAAGCCUGAAUCCACGAACUCUCGGAAUAGCCCUCCAGCAGGCCAUGUGCAACCGUCAAAUGCCGAGGGGUUUAAGGCUUAAAUCAACGUCGACUUUAAAAGCGACCGACUUGAGUUGGGAUAAGUCGGAGUCUUUUUUUACCAAAAGGUGUGUCUCAGCAACAACGCAGGAUAGGCAUUCCUUCAUCGAUAUCAGCUGCCGUCUCGUGAGGGGUUUUUAGAGGGUAAUUGAUGCGACGGAGUUUAUUCGAUUGGCUAUCAAGCUUUGGUCAUGGGCUAACUUUGGUCGAAGAAAUGUUCGGACAAGUUCCAGAACUCUUUCCAGGCUGGCGUUGAACUUCGCGAAUUCAGUUUUUUCACGCAACUAAGAACUUGGCACAUUCCUCAUAUAACCAAUGGAAACCUUUCAAUUCACCUCUGGCCUUGAGGUGCGAAGAGCUGAGCCCAGCACAUUUGAAGUGAACGAAGAUAUCGCAAAAGCUUGACACUUGAUGCAAGGACCUUAAAAACUGCAAUACACUAACGACAGCGAUGGCCUUGCUUCUGGGCUUGCCUCUUCUUCGAUGCCCAUUUGGAUUCCAGUUAAGAGCCUCUCUGCAAAUCUCGUUUUCAUCUCUUCGCAGCGUGUGCCCAGUCCAUCUUCACUUACGUUCCCGAUUUUUAGCGCCUUUUGAUGACACCGGCGAUGUAGUUCUUCAUUUGAGAUCCAAUUGUCAGGCCACCAAGCGCGGAUGAUAUUCCGCAGGCACACCUGUACAACAAUACGGAUUAUACGUCUGAGUUGAAGAUUCGGAUCUUAGUUCGUAGAGAGAUCUGGCGUGAGAUGUUUCGGAGACUCGCAAACGCAAAUCGGGCUUUUCUGAUCCGGGUUUCAAUGUCCUUCUUGGUACCACCAUCAGGCGUAGUCUGGCUACCAAGAUACUGGAGCACUCCACUUUCUCAAUCUGUUUCCAGCUACCACGAAAUUGGAACGAUUUUUUGUGUUGAUUUCUAUCGACUUGGUCUUUCCGACAUUGAUUUUGAGAGCUGCUGCCUUGGAGCUUUCGGUGAGGUCGUCGAAAUAGCUCUGCAUGCCUUGUUGUGUUUGGGCGAGCAAAACAAUACGGUCUGCCAGGUCAAGGUCGUUCAGUUGCUCCAUUGUUGAAGGAUUCCACGGCAAUCCUCGGUUUGGUCCACAGUCAAUCGAUCCAGUCAAGAUCUCAUCCAUUACGAUGAGAAAAAGCAGCGGUGAUAAAAUACAUCCUUGUCUCACUCCAGCAUUUUCCGGGAUUGGUUCGGACAAGGUAUUACAAGGUAGCUCCACUGAAAAUUUUCUCAAUUACGAUUCAUGCAUUCAAAAAUAAUUCAUAAAACAAAGUGUUGCAUUUUUUUUGAAUACACUCCUUAUUCAACACUUUUUUUUUCAAUAUUGUAAAUGUACCGAAUGAUUUGUUUCGGGAUUCAAUGUCCCGACUCAGCAAAUAUGUAUGUACAACCAAACCCAUCAAAUUGUUUAGGGUGUAAUCGUUUUGCCAUAAAAUUGAAUCGGAGCUUUAAACCCGUUUCCCGUUCCGGUUUUCCCUUCACAGGGUCGUCGGGAACAAACAUAUUAGUAAAAUCGACUCAAACGUUGCAUAUUUUCCGGGAAAAUUCCUGCACCGGGUUGGUAAAAUUGAAACACAUCACCAAUAACCCACUACAAGGCAGAACGUCCCAUUUAGAUGCUGAGGGUUGGAUUUUGACCAAGUCAACACAAUUUAAAUCCUAUUUUGUCGGUUCGGGUGAAGAAAUGGAAAAAAAUUAAAUCAUUCCUGUUUCCUGGUUUCUUCCAUAGACUCAUGGAAGUAAUGCGGAGAUGGGAAACAAUUAAAACUUGCCAUCCAUUAUUGUUGUUGUUAUGAUGUGGAUGGGACGAGAAAAUUCAAACGAAAAUGCAGCAAAAGGACGGGCAAUCGAAUUAUGGUGUGCUCCCGUUCAGAUUGAACUUAUGAAAGCAGAAAAUGCUAUUAUUUUCAGAUGAGAAAAGUAAAAUAAUCUGUUUUUGAGUUUACUUAGCUUCGUCGAUACUUUGGGUUAGCUCGGUAAAUUGAUGAAAUCUGCAUAAAGAUGAGAUAGUCUGCUUCGAAAGCAGGUGAAACUAGGCUAACCUAAUUUACGAACAACUUUCAGUGUUUAAUUAAGUCUGGAAUGUCUUGGUCACGUAAUUUAAAACAAAAACUUCAAGCUGUUCUAUCAGUUUCAAGCAUAGCAUGAAAUCAGGAUCUACGAUCAAAAUUCAGGAUAAAGAAACUGGAAGGAUCAGGAUUCCAAAUCAGUAUCUAGGGUCAGGGUCAGGGUCAGAUUCCUGAAUAAGUAUUCGGAUAAUGAAUCAGGAUCAGCAUCAGAAUCCAGGAUCAGUAUCAGGAUCCAAUAUAAGGGUCCAAAAUCAAAACCUAGGUACGGGAUUUAGGAUCAGAAUCCGGAUACUGAAUCCAAGAACAAUAUCCAGGAACAACAUCAUAAUUCGGGAUCAGAAAAUCAUACUGUCUUAUCUUGUCUUAAUCCGAAGAGAUUUUUUAUAAAAUUUUGAAGUUCAAAAUAAACUAAUCUGUUGGGCGCCAUCUAUGUAAUACGUUGUUGUUGGGUAAAAUCGAACAUUGUUUUCAGGGUUGUUCCGAUACUUUUCAAAAUGUCCAAAGUGUAGUUUUUCUUUAUGAGAAUGUUAUUAAUGAAAUCAUUUACGAUUAAAAUGAUGAAGAUAGAACUAGCCUUGGAAGUGCAUAACAAGUUUAAAUUUUAUUGCAGAAUAAUCAAAGUCUUUCAAAAAUUUCUUAGUUAUAAAUACUUUGUGGUAUUUAAAAAAAUUGAUUUGAUAUUCUACCAUAAGAUAAUGUUGGAUGUCGUUUAUUUAAAAGUGAUCUUCAUACUAAUUGAUUUUUUCUAUGGCGUUAACUUUCAAAUUGAAUUUAGAUAAAAUUGAAAACAAGAGCUUAACAUUUUCCGCUGGUUAUAAACAUUUGUGACACUUAUUUUUUGUAAUUUGAUCAAAAGGGAACUGUUUGUUAAAACAGGUAAAUUAAUAAUUCAAACAACAGGUUUGUAACGGAGCUGUAGACAAAGUUUUGUUUGUGCAAUGCUAAAGUUUCAUAUAACUAAAAAUAAAAUGUAUUUGUUUGUCGUUUGCACACACAAACGUAAUGAAAACAUAUCAAAUCCCAAGUCCUCCAAAACUGAAAACCACAAAUACAUAAACAAACCUGCUGCACAAUGAGCACACUAUCAGCAAAAAUGUUCCUAUCGAGGGUCUGAAUCGAGUAGAGGCGCGUUGAUUCGAUCCGUCUUCAAUCAAAAGGUGAGAAUGGAACGUGUCUCACAUUCUGUCCAGAAAGAAAAAAAAGUUUUCCUAACCGGAACUCGAAGAAAGUUGCUACGCAUCACUCGAUACAAACGAGGAAAAAUAGAAAAUGCCAAGAAAAAAAGUGACCACUAACGAAUCUCGACGAAGUCUGUUGAGAAAAUAUUGAACGUGUAGACGAGUUAGUCGAACAAGUGCUUAUUGGCAAACUGUAAAUUACUUUGCUAACAAGCAGAUUUAGCGGGAAGAAAGAAAAAUUUCCACUUCUUCCGGAUGGAGAGAGGAAAAUAUAUAUAAUCAAUUGUACAGUGCCAAAAGUUUGUUAUAGCUAUCAAUCAGAAGGAAAAUUUCGUAUAGAUAUAAGAUAAGUUCCUUGAAUACGAGCGGUCCUCAGUUCCAAACUACUUUAACAAAAGUUGAAGCCUAUCUAAAAGGUGGCAAAUUGAACCAUUAUACAUAAGUACAUGAAUAAUUAAAUAAACUGUCAAAUUAGCUAUUCGUUUCUGGUACAUCGACUCUGUAUGCUGCACGAAUGACAAUUAUAGCAAAGUAAACAAAAUUGUAUAUCAAAACACACAACAACACAUACACUGACACAAAAACACCUACACCAACACUAACAAUUGUAUUGUCAAACAGGUAAUUUAUAAGGGCAAGCUACUAUUUACAGAAUCCACAUAUACAUAUAUCGAACCCAAACUAGGAGCGAGUAAAACAAUUAACUUAACAAACACACACAUACCGUGGCCAAUGUAUACAACUUCCUACUGUAUGCCGUCGUUUUGAGUUUCCCGGGAGAAUUAUAUACGAUUUUGCCAAUCUGUGAACAACCAAACAAAAACAAAAAUA